AUUAUACGAAUACGGUAGUGCAGCCAAUUCCAGAUUUAAAUCUCAAACAAUCGUUUUUUUUUAUAAUAACUCCUAAGUUUUUUUGAAAAUAAAAUCAUGUGUGAUUCAUCAGCAUACGUAGAAGAUAUUUCGAUGAGGCUAUUUAAGGCUAAUGCGAUAAAAUUCGACGAUUUCGUUCUGGAAACAGGGGCAACAACACCGGUUUAUUUUGAUUUUAAGGUUAUAGUUAGUUACCCUGAUUUGAUGAGAGACCUUGCAAUCGUUAUAAGCAUUAGAGUCAACCAGAUACUUAAACAAAGACCGAGAAAAUAUGUGAUAUGUGGAAUACCCUACAGCGCGGUACCAAUAACAGCAUUGGUAUCUCAAGACACAGACUUACCCAUGAUAAUAAAGAGAAAAGAGGCAAAACCUGGAACAAAACUCGUUGAGGGAGUAUGGAAUAAAGGAGAUCGUUGCAUUUUGAUUGAUGACGUUCUAAUGUUUGGCGAUAGUAUCAUUGAAACCGUGGAUCAAAUUAGGGCAACCGGGUUCAGAUGUAAAAAUGUAAUAGUUAUUUGUGACCGACAGCAUGGAGCAAUAGCAAGGAUAGCCGCCAAGGGUGUCAGAGUCCACGCUCUUCUUACCUUGACAGAAAUAAUGGAGCACCUCUUUUACGAGGGAUGCGUUACACAAGAAACUUUCGAUAGGGUUCAACAUUAUUUGGCUGCCAAUCAACUCCCACGAAAUUAAAAGCAACCUCUUAUGUUUUUAUUGUUUAUCUUAUAAUUUUACAGUAUUAAUAAAUGUUUUAUUCAAUAAUCUUAAUUCAUAUGGAUAGUCUCUGCAUCUAAGGUUUCUAAGUUUUUAAAGAAGUCAUCGGCGAGUUCUUGGGCUUUUUCUUGUGAGGAUAAUAACGCUUUAUCUACUUGUAGGCAGACGGUUAAACGGUUGUCGUAAGUCGUCACACAAAUUGAAACACCUAAUAAAAAGAGAAAAAUUAAAAUACAGAUUUUACUAAAGUUAGGAAUAAGAAAAAAGCCUACAAUAUUUUAAAUAAAAUCCUUUGAUAAGAGAUGUUUUUGUAUUUUAUAAUAAUGUAUUACAUAUAAUUUCUAAAAGGGUAUAACAAAUGAUUGAAAUAAUUAAAAUAAUUAAUUUUAUAAAAAAUUAACUAUAACUAAUAAUAAUUAUUGAUAUUUAAAAAGUGUGCGCCAUGUAUUCUAGAUAUAAAUAUUUUUACCAAUCUCCGAUAAAAAAAUUUAUUUCCAACACAUAGAUAAAAUAUGUGUUGUGUGUUGUUUCUAAUAAAAUAUUCCUCUUAGAUUAAUGUAGAUCAAAAUAAUAAAGAAUUAUAUAUUUCAAUCAUUUUUAAUACCCAAUAAAUUUCUUAAAUUCUUUUUUUAAAGAAAAUUAUUCUUUGUUAUGUUUUUAUUUUAUAUAUUCAUUUGUUUAUGCAAAUAUAUUUUGUCUUUAAUUAAA